AUGCCGGGGGGCAAGAGAGGGCUGGUGGCACCGCAGAACACAUUUUUGGAGAACAUCGUCAGGCGCUCCAGUGAAUCGAGUUUCUUACUGGGAAACGCCCAGAUUGUGGAUUGGCCAGUAGUUUAUAGUAAUGACGGAUUUUGCAAACUCUCUGGCUAUCAUCGAGCUGACGUCAUGCAGAAAAGCAGCACUUGCAGUUUUAUGUACGGAGAAUUGACUGACAAGAAGACCAUUGAGAAAGUGAGGCAGACUUUUGACAACUACGAGUCAAAUUGCUUUGAAGUUCUUCUGUACAAGAAAAACAGAACCCCUGUUUGGUUUUAUAUGCAAAUUGCACCAAUAAGAAAUGAACAUGAAAAAGUGGUGUUGUUCCUAUGUACUUUCAAGGAUAUUACAUUGUUCAAACAGCCAAUAGAGGAUGAUUCAACAAAAGGUUGGACAAAAUUUGCCCGGUUGACACGGGCCUUGACAAAUAGCCGAAGUGUUUUGCAGCAGCUCACGCCAAUGAAUAAAACAGAGGUGGUCCACAAACAUUCAAGAUUAGCUGAAGUUCUUCAGCUGGGAUCAGAUAUCCUUCCUCAGUAUAAACAAGAAGCUCCAAAGACGCCACCACACAUUAUUUUACACUAUUGUGCUUUUAAAACUACUUGGGAUUGGGUGAUUUUAAUUCUUACCUUCUACACCGCCAUUAUGGUUCCUUAUAACGUUUCCUUCAAAACGAAGCAGAACAACAUAGCCUGGCUGGUGCUGGACAGUGUGGUGGACGUUAUUUUUCUGGUUGACAUUGUUUUAAAUUUUCACACGACCUUUGUGGGACCUGGUGGAGAGGUCAUUUCUGACCCCAAGCUGAUAAGGAUGAAUUAUCUGAAAACUUGGUUUGUGAUCGAUCUGUUGUCGUGUUUACCUUAUGACAUCAUCAAUGCCUUUGAAAAUGUGGAUGAGGGAAUCAGCAGUCUCUUCAGUUCUUUAAAGGUGGUGCGUCUCUUGCGACUGGGCCGUGUUGCUAGGAAAUUGGACCAUUACCUAGAGUAUGGAGCUGCAGUCCUUGUGCUCUUGGUGUGUGUGUUUGGACUCGUCGCCCACUGGCUGGCCUGCAUAUGGUACAGCAUCGGGGACUACGAGGUCAUUGAUGAAGUGACGAACACAAUCCAAAUAGACAGUUGGCUCUACCAGCUGGCCUUGAGCAUUGGGACUCCGUAUCGCUAUAAUACCAGUGCAGGGAUAUGGGAAGGAGGACCCAGCAAGGAUUCUCUUUACGUGUCCUCUCUCUACUUUACCAUGACAAGCCUUACAACCAUAGGAUUUGGAAACAUAGCUCCUACCACAGAUGUGGAGAAGAUGUUUUCGGUGGCCAUGAUGAUGGUUGGCUCUCUUCUUUAUGCGACUAUUUUUGGAAAUGUUACCACAAUUUUCCAGCAAAUGUAUGCCAACACCAACCGAUACCAUGAGAUGCUGAAUAAUGUACGGGACUUUCUGAAACUCUAUCAGGUCCCCAAAGGCCUUAGUGAACGGGUCAUGGAUUAUAUUGUCUCAACAUGGUCAAUGUCAAAAGGCAUCGACACAGAGAAGGUUCUCUCCAUCUGCCCCAAGGACAUGAGAGCUGACAUCUGUGUUCAUCUAAAUCGGAAAGUUUUUAAUGAACACCCUGCUUUUCGAUUGGCCAGCGAUGGGUGUCUGCGUGCCUUGGCGGUAGAGUUCCAGACUAUUCACUGCGCUCCCGGGGACCUCAUUUACCAUGCUGGAGAAAGUGUGGAUGCCCUCUGCUUUGUGGUGUCAGGAUCCUUGGAAGUCAUCCAGGAUGAUGAGGUGGUGGCUAUUUUAGGGAAAGGUGAUGUAUUUGGAGACAUCUUCUGGAAAGAAACCACCCUUGCUCACGCGUGUGCCAAUGUCCGAGCACUGACAUACUGUGACCUCCACAUCAUCAAGCGAGAAGCCUUGCUCAAAGUCCUGGACUUCUACACAGCUUUUGCAAACUCAUUCUCAAGAAAUCUCACUCUUACCUGCAAUCUACGGAAACGGGAGUUUACUCCCACAGUUCUUGAGGCCAAGAAGUUCAAGAUCAAGAUGCGGAGCCCAGCUGGGUACCCCAGUAAGGGCACUUUUCUUCCUGGCUUGCAGACCUCUGCCUUCACUAUGUCCUCACAUGGAUGGAUAAAACUAACAACGGAGCUGAAAAACCAGGCUAGAGGCAGUGUUCAGAGUUGUGAACAGGAUUCCUGGUCUCAGUAUGAGCCAACGUGUGUGGUGUGGCCACAGCGGCUGAUCAUCAGGAUCGCAAUGCACGUGAACUGCGAGAAAAACUGGCAGUACCCUGUUUACGUGUUGCUGCAGCUUGUAGAACUUUCACAUCCAAACUCCUGUAGCCCUCUGCCUUGCCGUUUACAUACCAUGGAACUUGUCUCAUUUGGGCUUCAAAUCAACACUGUAGGGAAGCAUUUGGAAGUGGGAGUGGUGGCGUGGAGCAAAGAGAAGUGGCAGGCAGGGCCUCUUUCCCUUUUUCCUAAUGCAGCUGACUUCUCCCAAGAAGUCAGCAAAGUCAGCAAAGAAGGUCUUAACAUGGAUGGUCGUCCUGGUGAGGAAACCAGGAAAGCAGAUUUGGAUUUGGUAGCUUUGCCAAGAUCUUUUGGAAGACAUUUGAAAACGAUAUUAGUAGCAAGGAGGCAUUGUGACUGGUUACUUUUGCUGACUAUACAGGAUUAUGGACAAAGAAGAACCUCCAAAAAGGUGGAAUCGGGAGCCACAGAGAACACUGCGGGGGAGGGCUUAUCCCAGAGAGCUAAUCCCACAGAGCAGGCUGAGAGGCUAAUUAAGGAAUUUACCCCACUGCCAGGGCCUUACAAUGCCUGCCUGGGAGACCCCAUCAUUGCUGCGGACCGGUGA